CUGUGUUUCGGUUACAGCGGUCAGAGAUCCAGCAUGGCGCCCAGUCAGGGCUCCAGGAUGCUUAGUAAAGAUGAUGCUCAAUAUAAACUUCACUUUCGGAUGGUAAACGAGCAGCAAGUGGAGGACAUUACUAUUGACUUCUUCUACAAACCGCACACCAUAACUUUACUGACGUUCACCGUCGUCAGCAUAAUGUACUUUGCUUUUACCAGGGAUGAUGGAGACUCUGAUAAGAACCUGCGUGUGGGUUUGCUGCUGGUCGUCUCUUUCUUUCUUGUUAUCAGCGUUCUCGCCUUUCCCAACGGUCCUUUCACGCGACCCCAUCCUUCUGUAUGGCGCAUGGUGUUUGGUCUCAGCGUGCUUUAUUUCCUCUUUCUGGUGUUCCUCAUCUUCCUGAACUGGGAUCAGGUGAAAGCGCUGUUGUAUUGGCUCGACCCAAAUCUGCGUUACGCCAAACGAGAAGCAGAUGUGAUGGAGUAUGCCAUAAACUGUCACGUGAUCACCUGGGAGCGGAUUCUGAGUCAUUUCGACAUCUUUGCCUUGGCUCAUUUUUGGGGUUGGGCUAUGAAAGCUUUGCUCAUCCGCAGCUAUGGACUCUGCUGGACCAUCAGCAUCACAUGGGAGCUCACUGAGCUAUUCUUCAUGCACCUCCUGCCAAACUUUGCGGAGUGCUGGUGGGAUCAGGUUAUUCUCGAUAUCCUGCUGUGCAACGGUGGAGGUAUUUGGCUUGGCAUGACUGUGUGCCGCUUUCUGGAGAUGCGCACCUACCGUUGGGCCAGUAUCAAGGAUAUCCACAGCACCUCCGGAAAGCUGAAGCGGGCCGUUCUUCAGUUCACUCCGGCCAGCUGGACGUAUGUGCGCUGGUUCGACCCCAAAUCCUCCUUCCAGAGGGUGGCUGGAAUCUACCUCUUCAUGAUAGUAUGGCAGCUCACAGAGUUGAACACGUUUUUCCUGAAGCACAUCUUCGUGUUUCAGGCCUCUCAUCCUCUCAGCUGGUGCCGAAUCCUCUUCAUUGGGAUCAUCACUGCUCCUACAGUGCGGCAGUACUACGCUUAUCUGACAGACACACAGUGCAAAAGAGUUGGAACACAGUGUUGGGUAUUUGGGGCCAUUGCUUUCCUGGAGGCUCUGGCUUGCAUCAAAUUCGGACUUGAUUUGUUCUCUAAUACACAAGUUCUGUAUGUUGUCUUUUGGCUCUUGUGUCUGGCGUUCAUUACAUUUCUCUGUCUGUAUGGGAUGGUUUGGUAUGAGCAGAAUUAUGGGAAGAAACUGAAGAGAAUUACAGAUCAUGAUGACGGCACUUCUACUGACCCGUAUGACAGCCUACCUGAAGCUGCAAAAGCAGAGAGGAGCUCCAGUAGCAACUCCAGUUCAUCACGGAGAAGAAAAGGAGGAAAGAGCAAAUCCGCCAAUGGAACCAGUGGCAAGAAGUGAGCAGAAAUGAACCCUGAUGAUCUCAAAAUGGACACCAGGGUGAAAGAAACACACCGUAAACAUUUGAAGAGAGGUGACAAAAACACUUCUGCAGACGGAGACACAAUACAAACCACUGCCUCUCUCUUUAAAAUGCACUACCACUGCUUUUCUUACUUAGUUUUUGUCUUGUUAUUAGUCCAAAUAUCUAAGUAAUGUGCCGUAAUUAAGAGAGUUUUCCUUAAAACAAGCAAACUAAUCUGCCAAUGUGGGAAGUAGUUUAGUUUUUGUUUUGUAGUAAGAGUAUUUGCUCACCCUAUUGUCAGGUUAUUUGACUUGUUUUGAGGAAACACUCACUUCAUUUUGGCGUAUUAUUUCUUAAAACAAGACAACAUUUUCUGCUUGUCUAGAAAAUGCUUCUUGAUUUAAGAAAGUUUAUAUAUUUGGACUAGAAACAGCAACAAAUCUAAGUAAGAAAAGCUUUUUGCACUAUAGUGCACUAGAUUAAUUUAAGAGCGCUUGGAAGGGAACAGAUUUGUGGUUUGCCAGAUGACUCUAAAUGAUGUAAAUGACUGAAUAAUAAAUGAUAAAGGGAUAAGUCACUCAUAAUUAAAAGUAUCUACUCAUUUAUACUCACUCUCAAGGCAUCAUAGGUGUAUUUAACUUUUUUUUUCAAGUCUAAAUGCAUUGAAAGUCAUUGUAAAAACGGUCUAAUUUUAAUUUCCAGCUUUACAAUUGCAAUUUUUUUUUAUCUGCAGGCUCAUUCAUUCAUUCAUUUUCCUUCGGCUUAGUUUCUUUUAGAGGUCGCCACAGCGGAAUGAACCGUCAACUAUUCCAGCAUAUGUUUUACGCUGUGGAUGCCCUUCCAGCCGCAACCCAGUACUGGGAAACAUCCAUACACACACAUUCACACACACUCAUACGCUACGGUAAUCCUAUUCCCCUAUAGCGCAUGUGUUUGGACUGUUGGGGAAACUGGAGCACCCGGAGGAAACCCACGUCAACACGGGGAGGACAUGCAAACUCCACACAGAAAUGCCAACUGACCCAGCCCGUGACUUGAACCAGCGACCUUUUUUCUGUAAGGCCACAGUGCUAACCACUGAGCCACCGUGCCACCCUAUCUGCAGGCUAAAGGAAGUCAAAUAAACUACAUUUAACCAUAAUAAACAUUUACUGAAUCAUUUUCUAAGUUACAAUCGAAGUUACAAAACACACUGCUAAAUUAAAAUAAUAGUGAACACUUUACAAUCAGAUUGUUUUAACACUUCUAACCUGAACAAUGAACAACAAUACAUUUAUUAAAGUGUUUAAUCAUUGUUGUUAAUGGUAAUGUAAAUACAGUUGUUCAUCAUUAGUUCAUGUUAACUCACGGUGCAUUAUCUAAUGCUAACAAGCACAACUUUGGCAUUCAAUAAUGCAUUAGUAAAUGUAAACGAAGAUUAAUAAAUAGCUGUACAAGUAUUGUUCAUUAUUAGUUCAAUUGAGAAAUUAGAUUUACUGAUAAAACUUAACUAUGUGAUCAACCCUUUUACCUGUUGUGAGGGAUUUAAAUGAAUAACAUGUUAAGUACAUCACUAAAAAUUACUUAAAUAAAACAAAUAAACAAUAAAAAGUAUAAAUACUCAACUCAAUUCACAGAUGAGUUAAUGAUCAUACAGGUCCUUCUAAAAAAAUUAGCAUAUUGUGAUAAAGUUCAUUAUUUUCUGUAAUGUACUGAUAAACAUUAGACUGUCAUAUAUUUUAGAUUCUUUACACACAACUGAAGUAGAUCAAGCCUUUUAUUGUGUUAAUAUUGAUGAUUUUGGCAUACAGCUCAUGAAAACACAAAAUUCCUCUCUCAACAAAUUAGCAUAUCAUGAAAAGGUUCUCUAAACGAGCUAUUAACCUAACUAAUUAACUCUAAACACCUGCAAACACCUGUACUUCCAACACAAUCUCACGGCAAUUCGUAACUUUUUGAUUUAGUGGCUAAUUCGUAUGAAUUCGUACGAUCUAAUUCAUACAUUUUCGUACGAUUUGCUCAUCCGCCAAUGACGGUUGGGUUUAGGGGUGGGGUUAGGUGCCACGCCUCCUUUUUAAAAUCGUAUAAUUUCGUACGACUGAACUCAUACGAAUUCGUACGAAUUAGUCACUAAACUGACAAAACGUAAAAUACUUACGUUUUCUCAUGAGAUCAGGCUGGUAUUUCCAUAUCUGGUGUGUUUUUACUGCUUAUUGAUUCAUUUACUCAGGGACUCGUCUCUGAAGGUUUAAUUCAAAAUACAGUAUAGUUUGAUUUGGAAGCUGCAAAUUUACACUUGUGAUUUUGACCUUUUUUGUGUAACUUCUAGCAACUUCUGUCCAUCAUUUUCUCCUUUUUGUUUGUUUUUGAGUUGGUUGUUUUAGUGCAUUUGCGCCCCCUGCAGGACAGGAGUGUGUUUGUGCAUCUCUGAAAGUAGUUCUUCACACAAAAUGCACCUCAAAUGAUGGAGAAAAUGGACAGAGGUCACUGUAAGUCAUACAAAACUGUUUAUAAAGUUUUAAACGUUCAUAUUUGUCUUACAAAAAUGCUUGGAUUCACUAAAGUAGACUUUUUUUGUGCCGAGGGGCACUUUUAUUAUGUAUUAUUUCACUGCAAAAAAUGCAAGAAAUUAUCUUACUUAAGAGUUAAGUGUUGUUUUUCCAAGAUUUUUCUUCUAGACAUGCAAAUAAUAGUAAUGCCUUAAAAAUAAUGCCUUAAAACAAGCUAAAUAAAAGAUCCUAGUCUUUUUCUUUUGGGACUCCCUUCUAAAACACAAGCAAUGUCGUUGACCCUUGACACAAAGAUUAUAAAUUGUUAGAUAAACUGCUACGUGUGGCAAGAAAAUGCAUCCUUAUUAGAUGGAUAAAAAACACUCCCCCCUCUGUGACACAAUGGUACAGAGAUUUUCACAGCUUUGCCCUAUGAGAGGCUUGCAGCUGUGCUUAAUAAUAACAUACAGAGUUUGCAAAAUAUAUGGUCUCCUUUUAUAGCUCACCUGCCCUCACAUGUGAGAGAAGUGGUUUUGUGUGUCAGUUAGGGUUGUCGGAGGCUCAGGGAAUUGUCUUUUGUUGCUUGUUUGUUACUUUUGUUGUCGUUUUAUUUUCUUUUGUCCUGUUUUAAAAUGGCAUGUCUAUAUUAUAGGAAUGUGCUGUGAUGAGGAAAAUACAUAUUUAGUUUUACCUGCCUUUUCAGAGACUAUGUAUUAAUUGGUCGCCAACAUUAGUACUCAUAGAUGGUAUGAUGUUUCCCCUUUUCUCCCUUAUCACCAUCUAUCUGUUGGCUUAUUUUUAAGGAUUACUAUAAUUUCUACAACCCAUUGCACAUUUUUGUAAAACUUGCCUUUGACUGUGUCUGUAAAAGCACAUUGCACAAUCAUUUUGAUAACCUUAAAUAAACAUGUUACAGAAAAAAAUCAAAAAUUUAAGCUGAAAACCCUCCCCCAUAAAGCAAGCAUAAUAAUCUGCCAAUAGGGGAAAUUUCUAAAUGAAAACUAGGUUACUUUGCCUGCUCCUUUAUUAAGAUUAUUUUGCUUGUUUUAAGGAAAACUCACUUAAUCUUGACAUUUUAUUUCUAAAAACGAGACAGUGUUUUUUACUUGUCCAAAAAAUGCCUCUUGAUUUAAGAAAUCUAGAUAUUUGCACUAGAAGCAAGACAAAAACUCUAUGUAAGAAAUUGUUUUGCAGUUUUCAGAGUGAAAUAAUGCAUAAUAAAAGUGCCUCACGUGGUUCCAGAAACGUCUACUUUAGUGAAUUAUGCAUUUUUGUAAGACAAAUAUCCAUAUUUAAAACUUUAUAAACUGUUUUGUAUAACUUAUGGUGGUCUCAGUCUGUCGUCUUCUCCUUUUUAGGUGAACUAUCCCUUUAAGAGAAACGCAAACACACUCCUGUCCAGCAGGUGGUGCUAAUGUACAAGAAAUUCACACCUCAAAAAACACAGAAGUUGCCUGAAGUUACACAGAGGUCAAAUUCACAAUUGUAAAAUUACAGCUUCUAAAUCAAACUAUACUGUAUUUUGAGUCGCUAAAUAAAUAAAUAAAGAAAGAAAAUGCAGUUAAAACAUGCCAGAUUUGAAAUAUGAUCAUUAAAUCAUCUGUGAAUUAAGAAAGAAAUGCAUUUUUGCGGUGUUGUUAGACUUUUGGAGCGCUGAUAGAAAUCAGCCGACCGCUGUAGAGCUGGAAAAGGCUGAGAUAUUUCUUAAUAAUGAAUUCGACUGAAAAGAAGAAAUACACCAAGCAUGCCUUGAGUAAAUCAUGAGAUAAUUACAAUUUUGGGCUGAACUAACCCUGUAACAGUAAGUCAUGUGUCAUUUAGAUUUAGAAACGUCUGGAUUGUGUGACGCUGUAAAUGCAGAGUGUGUAUUUCACAUUCAUUGUGGUGAUUCAACUGCUGUUAGUUUUUUAUUAAUAAUAUUGUUGACACAGACCAAGCCCUGUCUUAAAGGAACAGUUCACCCAUAAAUUAUCAAUCAACUUAUCAAUAACCUUUAUGUUUAACAGAAAAGAAGAUAUUUUGAAGAAUGAUGAAAACUGGUAGCCACUGACAUCCAUUAUGUGGAAAAAAUACUAUACAUAUAUGGAAGUCAAUGGUUGUUGCCAAUUUUCACUUUUAUUAAAAGUAAAAUAAUAAUAAUAAUUUAUAGUUAGAAAAAAUAUUAAAUAUAAUUAAAUUAAAUUAUCAGAAUUAAAAUAAAAAUAUUUAAAAAAACAAUAUAAACAAAGUAGAUACAAAUGAACAAAAUGCAUUGCAAUCAGAUUUAAAUAAUUGAAACUAUUUAUUAUCAUUCAUUCAUUUUCUUUUCAGCUUAGUCCCUUUAUUAAUCAGGGGUAACCACAGCGGAAUGAACCGCCAACUUAUGCAGCAUAUGUUUUACGCAGCAGAUGCCCUUCCAGCCGCAACCCAGUACUGGAAAACACCCAUACACUCUUGCACACUCUCACAUACGCUACGGCCAAUUUAGCGUAUCCAAUUCACCUGUACCGCAUGUGUUUGGACUGUGGGGGAAACCGGAGCACCCGGAGGAAACCCACGCCAACACGGGGAGAACAUGCAAACUCCACACAGAAACACUAACUGACCGAGCCAGGGCCGAACCAGCGACCUUCUUGCUGUGGGGCCAUUGUGUUACCUACUGUGCCACCAUGCUGCCCCAAUUUAUUACCAAAUUAGUAUAAAAUUAAUCCAUAAAUAUGACUCUUAAGUAAAACUAAAAGUAAUAAUGUGUACCAGUUAACCAAGUUCUAACAUUAAUUUUUAAUAACACUUUACAUAUACAGCCUUUAUAGUAAGCGCUUGCUGGCAAUUUUCACUUUUAGGUGAGCUGUCCCUUUAAAUCUCUGCACAUUUUUCCUCCAGAAUUUUGACACAUGCCUAUGCAUUGAUUAAUGUCGGAAAUAUUAUGCAAUGUUUAAUUAUGAGCAUCAAAACACGACUUUAUUUAGUGGUAAAGUUUUGAAUGUAAGCACGUGUUUUAGCGCACGUUGAUCUUGUUUUUUGCAUUAAGAGCUGUUGAUUUAUUUAAGUAUAAUAUGAUUCAGCUCUUUUUUUUUAGCAACAUAGAAAUUCAUGAAUAACUUCAAAGUUGUAAAGUUUUCUUAGUGUUAACUACGCUAAAAAUAUCUGUUAAUUGGUGUUAUUUGCUUAUUUACGGGUUGUGCAUUGCAUUAUGGGAUGUUGAUUUCUGUUCUGUCCACUCUUGAUGUUGUAAAUUCAACUCUACAGUUGAACAAAGCUUGACAUUUUAGUAGUUUGAAAUAAUGUAUAGAGAAAUAAGUCUGUAAAAUAAGAGAAAAUGUGCUGGCAGUUUAUUACAAGGUGUUUGUAGCGUAACAUACAACAGCAACAGACAAUACAGCACUGCAGACAAUAAAACAUUUUCAGAAAAGUCCCUUUUUCAAGGUUAAACAUUGCUGGAAGAAAGAUCAAGAUCCCAUAAUGCAACUCAAAAGCAGAAAUACAGGGUGGGCCAGGGGCGUAGUGUACAUUUUAAAAUGUGGGGGGACGACUAUAUGAGAUCAUAUGUUCAUAUAAUUAUUAAUCACCUGUCUCUAAAUGGUCUGUCUCUAAAAGUGAGGGGGACGGAUCCCCCCCGUCCCCCCCGGUUGCUACGCCCCUGGGGUGGGCCAUUUAUAUGGAUACACCUUAAUGAAAUGGAAAUGGUUGGUGAUAUUAACGUCCUGCUUGUGGCACAUUAGUAUAUGUGAGGGGGCUCAUGUAAGAAUAAAGUUACGUUAAAACCAAGCACACCAUUGAUGUUCUUGUCAAAUUCCCAAUAAGUUUGAUGUGUCACGAGUCCUAUUGAAAAAACAAAAGUUGGAUCCAAGAUGACCGACUUCAAAAUGGCCACCAUGGUCACCACCCAUCUUGAAAAGUUUGGCCCCUUACAUAUACUAAUGUGCCACAAACAGGAUGUUUACAUCACCAACCAUGUCCAUUUCAUUAAGGUGUAUCCAUACAAAUGGCCCACCCUGUAAAUGGGAAAAAAAGCUAAUUUACGGAUAUUUUUGUAGUGUAUGUUAGUAUGAGAAGAUUUAUCAUUAUUCCUGUAGGCAUCUGCAUGAAUGAUUUUAGACUCAUCAUGUUAUUCAUAAUAUGUGAGGCCUUUAAAUGACCGUGCGUCCAGUGUUUUGAAGAUUUUCGCCAAAACGUAUAACCAAAAAUACACUUGUUUUGGGAUUCAUUCAUUUUCCAUCUGCUUUUUCGCUUAUUUAUCUGGGGUCGCCACAGUGGAAUGAACCGCCAACUAUUCCGGCAUGUAUUUUACACAGCGGAUGGCCUUAAAGCUGCAACCCAGUACUGGGAAACACCCAUACACACUCAUUCACAUACUCUCAUACACUACGGCUAAUUAGUCAAUUCCCCUAUAGCGCAUGUUUGGAUUGUGGGGGUAACCGGAGCAUGGGGAGAACAUGCAAACUCCACGCAGAAAUGCCAACUGCUGGAAUUCGAACCAGCGACCUUCUUGCUGUGAGGCCACAGUGCUAACCACAGAGCCACCGUGUCACCUGUUUUGGGAUUGUGUGUGUUUUUAUGGUCAGAAUUGAUUGUUUUGAUUGGGAGUAAUGAUAUUAUAUGUUAAUUCUAAUAUAUUAUGCUACGAUCAUGUUUGUUUGCCUUAUUUAAUUAUUUGUCAUCGACCCAAGUUGUUGAGCACAAUCCUGACUGAUGCUGUUCUGAUUUCUGAUCGUGUAUCUGCAAUUUUUACUGUGACCAGAGUGAAUGCGUGGUAUGUGAAGUCAGACUUGAAUCUUCCACAGCAGUAUUCUCAUUUCUCAUAUGGAAUUAAUCUAUGUUCAACAAUUUAAUGUGAUCAUCCGCAUGUUUUGUUUUGUGUAUGAAUGUCUGCACUGUACAACAAAUCCACAUUUUCACUUUAUUAACUCACUUAUGCACUGUCUUUGUGGGCAAUUUUUAAAUAAAUCCUGAAUUGAAGUCUU